CGCGACAAUUUGCCCGUCGCCGGCAAAAGCCUCCAUCUGCAACGGCUUUCGGCACACAGCACGUAAGCACCAGCAUCGCAUCAGUGCAGCCCAGGCCACAGCAGCGAAGAUCCCGCAUAAAUCAUGGGCAAAGGGGCCAAGCCAAAAUUGAGCCUCCAAUUCCUGGACACCUACGGCGGCGCGCACGCGUUCGUGCAGGAAGGAGUGGAGAUUUCGCCGAGCUGCUACCUGGCCUGCACCGAGGGGGGGAGCUACGGUAUUGAAGAGUGGCUCAGCUACCAAGACGCGGUGCACGGCAGCCGCGAGAAGACACUAAAGUGGUGCCGCGCGGUCGGCGUGAAGCUGUCUCCGUUGUUGAUCAGCCAGGGCGCAUGGAAGCUGCACAACACCCUUAUUCCCAUCGCGCGGGACCGCGGCUUCUCGCUGGGCUCGAAACAAGGCCCGGAGCGCCUCCGGCUCUGGGGCUUCAUCUAUGAACUAUUACUCGGCUUGGCCGACGAUGAUGCGGCUGCAUCAGUCAUGGAGUUACCCCGAUCUGUGAGGGACGACGCGAGAAAAAUCACGGGCUGCUUCUUCGACAUUUUGACGGACCUGGAAUGUAUUCUCCCCACUACGGCCGACACGCCCGGACUCUACUUCGCUGGGCCGAUCCAUGAGAAGGUCUCGAAGCACGUCGACAAGAAGGUCUCGGUUCACCCAGUCGCGGUUACGAUGUUUUGUAUCACCAUGGCCCUCGAUGACGCGGCGUCGCGCGCCGCCGCGGUCAAACGCUCCCUAGAUCUCGGAUUGGGUCCAUUAGGGUCUGCGAGCUGUUUCUAUGGUCGCUGGAUUCAGCUGAUAGUGCUCUCCUCGAACAGCGUGGCCCAACUUGUUGAGAAUCCGACCGCGUACAGCCAGCUCGAGAGGAAGUACGAGUCGUCAAUGAAGCAGGAUCUGUUGGAGUUGCGGACUGCGUCGCCCGUGCUCAUGGCCCACUUCGCGGCGGGCGGGUGGCAGCUCGUCUUUGAUAUGAUUGACAACACCACGGAGAUGAAACCCUCCCCGCUCUUGUAUGUUGGUGAGCGGUCCCUAGGGAAAGUCAAAGGCGUGUGGAAGACGGUGUCGACGCUCACAAGGUCUAAGGGCAGCGUGUUAGGGAUAUCGGAGCCGCAGUUCGAGUUCCUCAUCAAGACGCCCGAGUGGCGCGUCUUCCUGUUGAUGUACAUGAUGUACAACAACGCAGGCGUCUGGUCCAACGCGUUCCUGGACGCGCCGCUGCCGCGGCCGUCGGGCUACGACGGGCAGCAUGACCGGGAGGUCAAGUCCUGCCUCGACACGUUUGCGGUGGGGCCGCACGCGCUGGAGGACGCCAAACCGGAGCCGACGCCGAAACCGGAGCCGACGCCGAAACCGGACCCGGAGCCGAAACCGGACCCGGAGCCGACGCCGAAGCCGCCCAAACCGCCGACGCCCAAGCCCAAGCCCAAGCCCAAGCCCAAGCCGCCGCGGCCGCCCUGGCAGACGCUCUACGACGGCAUGGCGGGCGGGGCGUCGCUCGUCCGACCCUACAAAGGGGGCGGCCGGCCCGCGGGCCUCCCGUCGUACAUUGAGUGGUACGUGAGCGGUGAGUUCGAGGUGCUGCGCCUCUACCCCUACUGUAGCGUGGAGGGUUUCCCCCAGGUGUUCGGGCCGCGCCUGAGCGGCGCGCAGCUCGUCGGGCGCGCCCCUCUCCCGAACGGCCGGCGCUUCGUCGACGUCCGAGCGCUCCCCCAAGCCGAGCCCGCCUACAACGACGCCUACUAUGCGGGCGUCGAGGCGGAGCGGGACCGCAAUGGUCGGGUUUAUUAA